UUUAACAUGUGAUGGAGGAUGUUUCGUGACUGUUAAGGGAAUUUAAUCUUUUGAGGACAAACGCUAUUGCUAAAGCGGAAGAGGAUUUAUUCUUUUCUAACAAGUCCUGCUUGUCGUCUUCUAUGUGAAUCAGCUGACAGCAUGGGGAUACUGCUGUUCCUUGCUGUCAUGCAAGCGCUUGCAGUCGCUUUGGUGACUGCAGAGUGUCCGGUGGUGUGCGAGUGUCCGGCCGGGCCGCCGUCCUGUCCCCCUGGGGUCAGUUCUGUCCCGGAUGGAUGCGGUUGCUGCAAAGUGUGCGCCGCACAGCUGAACCAGGACUGCCAUGAAGGACAUCCCUGCGACCACCAUAAAGGCCUGGAGUGCAACUAUGGCAAUGAUGUUGGCCGUACCUAUGGCAUCUGCAGGGCAAAGGCAGAGGGCCGCUCCUGCGAAUACAACGGGCGCAUCUAUCAAAACGGCGAGAAUUUCCGAGCUGGCUGCAAGCACCAGUGCACCUGCAUCGACGGGGCAGUGGGUUGCGUGCCCCUUUGCCCCAGCCACGUGCCCCUGGCAUCACCUUCCUGCCCUGCCCCGCACUUGAUCAAGGUGCCGGGCCAGUGUUGCCUCAGCAUCGACUGCCACAAAGGAACAAGCGUCAUGCCGCCGGUGCACCGCCGACCUCAACCUCCGGCUUACCCGCCGUACCCCUUCAUCCCCUACCCCUACGCAAAACCUUACCAGAAGCUCUACCCGUACAAACCCAAAAACGAGAUGGACACCCUGGGAAACGAGCUAAUGGAGGUUAGCCGCAAAUGGGACAAGCCGCGUGGCCACAAGCACCUAGCCGCGUGGAGGCAGUUGGGAGAUCGCUGCGUGGUCCAGACUACUUCCUGGUCCCAGUGUUCCCGUAGCUGCGGGAUGGGCAUUUCCUCACGCGUUACCAACGAAAACGCUCGCUGUAAGCUGGUCAAGGAAAGCCGUCUGUGCAACAUACGGCCGUGCAGCUCCAUGUCGAUCCCGGCCAAGAAAGGGAGGAAGUGCUCUCGAACACACAAGGCACCCGAGCCACACCGCCUGUCCUACGCCGGCUGCAGGAGCACUCGCCUACACAGACCCAACUACUGCGGAGUGUGCAGAGACGGCCGUUGCUGCUCACCUCGUCGUACGCGCACCUCCAGCGUUACUUUCGCCUGCCCCGACGGCGAACGCUUCACGAGAGCCGUCAUGUUCAUCCAGUCGUGCAAGUGCAGCGACGAGUGCAAUCAUCUCAACGAGGCGGCCAUGCCGCCGCAGCUCUGGCUCUACGGAGACACACAUAAGUUUAUUGACUAGUUUGUCGACUAGAUCCUCAGAAUCUACAUUCCUAUAUAUAAACAACGACAAAUAAAAAAACAUUGACCCUGUUUAGUCCCCCCCAGGCACGUGCACAGAGCCCUAAAUGAUGCUCCAUUUUGCCCUGGAUGAGAAAAGUGCCAUUUGCCUGGAGCCCAUCUUUUUUCUCAAUAAGUCAACAUUUGAAAAGUGAAAAAAAAAAAAUACCCUCAUCUAUUCUUCUCAAAAGUGUUUUGAUAUCAGACGGGUAUUUAUCUCAGUUCUUGCGAGAAUUGAGCCCCUCCCUUCCAUUUGUGUGUAGACUUUUUAUAUCUACUGUAGCUUCCAUUCACCUCCUUUUGUAAAUAGUUGAAUGUGUUGAUUGUGUUGACAGAAUUUAAUACAUAUGUUAAAUGUUCUACUGUCUUUUUUUUUUGCAUGAAUAUUUUUGGUGAAGAGUAAGCACCUGGGAACAAAAAAAUGCCUGUGCACGUGCCUGCAAUCCACAUUACAAAGGGUUAAAAGUUACUUGCUAUUUUGAAAUACUUGUGAAUGAUUUAUUUAUUGUAUUUUUGUAUGUUUGUUCUAAAUUUAAUUUGUAUAUUUUUUUCCUCCUUUUCUGUUAAUUAAUGCACAAAAUUGGUUGCUGUGAGAUUUGUUUUUUUUCUAAUGAAAACCAAAUUUCUAAAUAUGUGCUUUGGCUCAAUUAUGGUCGGGAAACACUGCAUUAAGGAACAAACAAAAAAACAAAAAAUUCUCAAAUUGAGAAAAAUUAAUAUCAUUUAUAAAUAAUUUACAAAUAUCAUACAAUAGCGAGUGACUUUUCAAUCACCCUGUAGAAUAGCUGUUCUUAAUGUAUCUAUGAGUAAGAUGCAAAUCGUGUGCUAAUGUUAUCUUUUGCAAAGUUUGGGUGUCAAGUAUGGGAAGAAUUUUGAGUGAUCUUCACCAGAUCACCUCUGCUUUAAUGUAGUUUUUUAUGGCCUUGCUGGGGAGUUUUUUGUUUCUCCAGGAACCCCCCCUUGAACUCUGAGACUUUUAUUUGCUGGGGGAGGCCAUGUAAAUAGCUGACGCAUGAAUACAUAACUAUUGCUGUUUCAUUUUGUUGGUCAUGUGACAAGUUAUGAAAGUGGUCGAAUGGUACAGAAAUGUAGAGGUGGAGCAUACUUGACCUAAAGGCCUCACGAUGACAUUGUCAUUCUGACACGCACUUGGCCCUGUGACCUUACUUGGUAUUUAUUCAUUCGUAUUUAUUGUUGGGGUUUCGCACACAAGUUUGGAGCAUCCGAGGGACAAAACAGCCUGUCAGCCAUUGGAGGAGAGUUUCCACAGAUUGACAUCAGUCACAUUGAUGAUGGAUGAUAAAGGUUACAUGGGGGGGGGGGGCCUGACGUGUUGAGGUUUGAAAUGCAUGUCAAAGGUUGUUUAUACAGCUGGACUCAUCCCCUGCUUUGUCUCCUCAAGAAGCUGAGGCAUUUAGCAAGCACCGGCGGAACAAGCCUGGGAAUCUGGCUCCAGGAAGUCCACUGGCAGAUUCUGCGCAAAUUACAAUCCUGACUUUGUGGAGCAGCGAGAGCUAAAUCCCUCGCUGGCCGGGUUACUAUAAAAAUAAAAAAUCCCAAAGUGUGCGUAAACCUAUCAUUUGGGACGAGAGGGCGGAACUGAAAAGGGCCUGUCAUCAAGCAGCUUGAGUCAUGAACUCAAACCGUUGGUCAUGCUUCUUGCUGUUUUUGAAAAGUGGAGUCAACGAAGGGACUGUUGUCAGAAAAGUAUUUUGGUUCGCAAAGGUUUUUGGAACUUGUCCUGAUACAGUCACACAUUUUAAGCAAAAACAUAUUUGAAAGUAUGAGGAACAUCCUAUUGAAAUAAUUCUGUUGUGCCAUAGUGACAGAGUUUUCUCCAUACAAGCUUUUUUUAGUCAAAUGUCAUUUUUCCUGUGCUGUUUGCCUACAUAGAUGCUCUGGAACUAUACCUUUAGUUUUUUUUUUUUUUAUAGGGACAUACUAGAGCAGCAAUGUCCAGGCUGUUAUAUGGGCCAAGCCUUUUUAAAUGAUAGUCCAUGUAUAUUUUAGCACUGAAUACGUCUGAGUUCGGAUCCUUUACAUGCAUCUCAGUGCAAAUGUUGAGGAUUGUAAAUCUAUGAAUGUACAUUAGAUUCCAUCUGUAAUAAUUACAGCAUGAUUUUAAUUGUAUAUUCCAUUAAAGAUUUCUACAGUCAA